AUGGAACGUGCUUUAACAUACAAGAAAAAAUGGAUACCUGAAGAAGAUGAGCUUUUAGCUAAAUACAUAAAAUUAUAUGGUUAUGGUAAUUGGAAAAAGAUUUCAGAACAAUUCAAAACGCGAACUCAAAAUCAAUGCAAAGGGCGUGCACGGACAAACCCAAAACUCCGAAAGUUGGCAGCAAGUAAGAAGGAGAAUGAGAAAUAUGAAACUAAAGAUAAAUUACCAUUAUCAAAAGAUUUUAAUACUAUAACAAAUCAUCUUGAACAAUCUUCUUUUGAAACAGCAGUAGAUCAAAAAGAAGAAGAAGAAGAAGGAGUGGUAGUUAAUAAAGAAAAAUUACAUAAAAAUAAUUUGACUAUACAAAGAAAGAAUACUCAAAUUGAACAAAAGAAAGAGGUGUUCAUCAUAAAUAAGGAGGACAUCAAUACCAAGCAAGAACCUGAAUAUGAGUUUGACGAGACAAAGAUAACAAAUGAUGAACGUGCUUCUAACGUUGAAUGGUUUGAAGGGAAACCAUCCAAGACUCCCGAAAGAUAUAUGAGAAUUCGAAAUCAUAUCAUAAAUAACUGGAAGAUAUCUCGACCCAAGUAUUUAUCAAAGACAGCAGGAAGACGAAAUUUAGAGAACUGUGGAGAUGUAAAUGCAGUUGGAAGAAUACACUCUUAUUUACAAUGUAGAAAUAUAAUCAAUGUAGACUGUGUUGAACCUUUUCCUAGAAAGAAAAGGGUUCGAGCUAGAAACAAGUCAGUCCGUAUUUUAGAACACUAUUCUAAAAGGAGAACGACUUUAUCAAAGCAUGAUUGGGUUCAUUUAAAUCAUGAUAUCUGCAAACAACAAGAGGACACCAUGAUAGCAAGCAAUAAUAAGGAUGAGAGAAGAGGUAUUAGAGAGAAGACUGUAUUGAAAGAACACUAUGAUGUCUUUUAUCAUGAUUCAGAUAAUGACCCAUUUAGAUUGAUUCCACUGAAUCAAUAUUCAAAGCAUAUGAAUGCUCCAUUUAUAGUCAAUAUUUCAAGUAACGUCUUGCUUGUAAUCGAUUUUCAUUCACACCUUGCAUAUACAGAAAUUAUUGGACUAUUAGCUGGAGCAGUCAUAAGAAAAGAAAAUGGAGCCAUACAUGUACAAGUAGAAUAUAUAUUCCCUUGUCGCAGCACAAGUGCCAGUAUGCAAAGUGAAAUGGAUCCUAUUUCUGAAAUGGAAGCAUAUGAAUUAUUUAAAAAGAAGGGCUUAAAGGUUGUUGGCUGGUAUCAUUCACAUCCUACCUUUGAGCCUGAACCAAGUAUUCGAGAUAUUGCAAACCAAGCUUCCUACCAGUUCUUAUUUCGUGAUGACACUUUAGGUUUAGAACCAUUUAUCGGUAUUAUUAUUACACCUUACAAUUAUAUGAAUGCUUCCUUUGAAUCACAAAUUAAAGUUAUGCAUAUAAGUGAUCAAUGGAACUAUAACAAUGAUUAUCGUAAGUAG